GUCUUAGUCAAGGCUUCUCCUCCUGUGGUCUCUUCCGUGCGGCUGCGUGUGCGCUUUGAGGACCUGGCGCCACUCUCCGCUUUUUAAUGAAUUCCAGAAUGAAGCAGAAAAGAGAAGAAUCCAAAGGAACAAUAAAGAAUUAUUUCGUGGACAAAGCAAAUGACAGUCUUCUACCAAGACGAACACUCAAGAUGAUUCAGCCAUCUGCAGCUGGUUCUCUGGUUGGCAGAGUAAAUGAGUUAAACUCUAUGAAGGCCUCAUCCAAAAGGAAGCUUUGGAAUGAUCAACUAAUAUCCAAGUCUCCUACCACCGAUGUUGUUGUAGAGCCAGAGCAUAGUGAAAAUGAAAAUCUUGAAGGAGUCUCUCAAGAAGCUUUUGAUCUCAUGAUUAAAGAAAACCCUUCUUCUCAAUACUGGAAGGAAGUGGCAGAAAAACGGAGAAAGGUUCUUUAUGAAGUACUACAAGAAAAUGAGAAACUACACAAAGAAAUCGAACAGAAGGACAAUGAAAUUGCCCACCUAAAAGAAGAAAAUAAGGAACUGGCAGAACUAGCAGGACAUGUGCAAUAUAUGGCUGAUAUAAUAGAAAGGUUAACUGGGCAGUCUGUAGAAAACUUUGAAUUACGGGACAAUCUAGCAUUUGAGGAUUCUGAUUCUGGAAGAGAAGAAGUAGACAAAGAGUCUGAAGAAAAUAGCCAGAUCGACACGUGAUGAAUGAAAUGGUUUACCUACAAAUAAAUUACCACGUAUAUAAAUAUUUUAUGUUUGACUGUUGGGAAAUAACACUGCCCAAGUUUACUUUCAUAGUCUUUUGGGUUACUUUUCUAAUUGGUGAAAACCUUGAACAUUUGAUUUUUUUUUUUCUCUCAGCUUGAGUCUUACUGACAGAAUUAAUUGUAUUCUGCAAACUAUUCUAGUUUGCUUUUGGACACUUGUAUUAAAAUACAAAUACUAUGUAUUUUUAAUCUUGUGAUACUUUAUGUAAAUAGCUUCUUUUCAGUUGUGUCUGACAUGACUUAUAUAUUUGAUAAAUAAACUUCAACCUCCCAUCAAUAAAAGCAUUGUUUACAUAUCUUAUAUUUAUAACUAGGGAGCAUGUUUGGGAAG